AAGCCCAUACUUUAUGUUCUACUGGGGUUUUUCCUACCUAUCGUCGCGCUCUAUAUAGCAGUGGAUAUAUUUUUAUGGAGUCGACCCUCAGCGAUCUCAGUGCAGGAAACAAUAAUAACUCCAAAUAUCAAGUACUGCGGGCCUUUCUUCCACAUCGGGCCUAUGACUGCGAUAUAUACUUCCAUCCCCGUCAUAUGCUUUGAUAUUUUCUUGGUCGAAGCACCUAAAGAACAAAAGGAACUUAAGACGAAGCCUAACACCUACGUAGUAAUGAUCGUCCGAUAUCACGUCAUAUACUUUGUCGUGAAUUUGGCAGGUCAAAUCUUCACGGUGACAUUGUGGGCCAACCUUCCGACGGCGGUGAUGAGUUUCGUCCUGUUGUUCAAGUAUACCGCGCCAAUGAUUAUCGUGCCACGUCUUAUCAUCAGCAUUUGGGAUACGCAUGCCAACGAAAACUGCGUACAUGUCAAUACGACGUUCGAGGAUUGUGUCUGUUGGACUUCGCCGAAUGUGGAGCUGCCUGAGAUUGAGUCCCACGUAUGAUGUUUCAAUUUGAGGAAGGAGGUAGUGUGAGGUCCAUACUUGCCCCUGACUAGCGUACGCCUCAAAUACCUACUGAACUAAAUGCUGGUCUCUAGACUCAGUAGAAUUCGUGAAUGUAGAUUUCUCGUAGAUACAUUUGUGCAUUGACUACCAUAACCU